UAGGCAAUGACUUCCCAGGGGCAGUUUCUAAACCAAGACAAGAGCACAGUGAGGAAGCGAUGUGCGGAGAGCAUCUGCGACUUCAGUGCCAAGUUGUACGGGCAUCUCUGUAAUAAAUCCGACAAAAACAUCUUCUUCUCGCCUUUAAGCAUAGCAGCGUGCCUCCAGAUGGUACACCAUGGCGCUAAGGGUAACACUAAACGACAAACCAGCGAUGUAAUGGGUAUUCUUGGUAUUGAAGAUGCUGACAUUUUGUCGUUUUACCACGACACCAUAGCUUCCCUAAACUCAGAGGAGGAUAAGUUUACUUCACUUGACGUUGCUAAUAGAGUCUGGAUUAAAGACAACUUUGCGGUGUUGGAUGCAUACAAGCAGAUGCUACAGGGGCAGUUACAUGCAGAUAUUAUAAGGAAUCCUUUUACCGACCCUGAUGGAGUGUCUAACGAGGUGAACGAAUGGGUCUCCAAAUCAACCAAAGGAAUGAUAAAAGAGCUUAUUACUCCAGCAAUGAUAAACGGUCUCACAAGGCUUAUCCUCUGCAAUGCUAUCUACUUCAAGGGUCUCUGGACUCACGCUUUUGACACCUCUGAUGAAGAAGACUUCCACUUGAGCGCCAAGGAGACUAAGAAGGUACAGAUGAUGAGACAUUACAAGGCAGAGAAGAUGAUGUACGGUGAAAACGGAGUUGCUCGAUAUGUUAUAAUACCGUAUAAGGGGCGGAAAGGAAUCAGUAUGAUGGUUAUCCUGCCUCAAGUGCCCUACCAGCUACAAGAGGUGGAGAAGAAGAUGACAGAACGCCCUGGAGUGGUUAACGAGUGGUUUAAGUCCGCUUCCAGCCGGAAUGUCCGGCUGAAGCUACCCAAGUUCAAGUUUGAGGAGAAGUACGAUCUGAAGCAGUUGCUGGAGGAACUUGGUGUCACUGAUAUGUUCACAGUGGGUGUCGCAGACUUUUCAGGGAUAAACGGGCUGUACAUUCCAGAACUUAGUCGGUACCCGCUAUAUCUAUCAGAAUCAUGUCAUAUCAGUAAAAUUGACCUCGAAGUUCCGUUCAAGAAAUUCCCCAACUUACGGUCCGUUAACUUGAAGCCAGUCAAACAGAGGGAGGUGAAAAGUACAGCUAUGGACUUUGUCGCGGAUGAGCCGUUUUUGAUAAAGAUUUAUCUUAAGGACGUGGUUUUAUUUUCUGGCAGAUGCAAAAAUCCUCUGUACUGAUCUUUUCCUAUGUUGGUAUUAGUCUGUAAAUAUAAAUUUUGUAUGAUAUAUUUAUAUGUGUAUAACUAUGCCCUGUAUAUUGUAUAUAUUCAAUUGUAAUACUGUAUCAGAUUUAUGUAAUCCUGUUUGUUAAGGUCCUUAAUUUGGUUUAUGAUUUUACAGAGUAUUUAAAUAUACACAAUGUUAUGUUACUCAGAUAAGAUAAUAACAAUAAUUUGAUUACAAGUUGAAUAGUUGCGCUUAGUAUUUGGUAAACACCAGUUACAUUGGUGCUCAUCUUGCUUCAUAUUUUAAAUGCUGGAUCGAGGAAAUUAGUAGAUUUUAUCAGUUCAGGCUGUUUUAUACAUUUGGGACGCUGAACUCAUCAUUUGAUUGGCAUGAUAAGAUCCUCUCUAGAAAAUCAUUAAACAUUUUGUAUGAUUCAAACGUCAUUCCGUCAUAAUGUCUACCAGAUUUAACUUAAUCUUAUGAAAUCAAUG